UGCAUUGUGAACCACAUAGCAGACCACACGUGAGUUAGUACGGCUCUAGCGAUCAACAGAAAUGACGGUAACCUAAACCGCAACAGGCAUCUAUUUGAACUUGGUGCUAAGUGCAGGCGGUAGUUCGUUGCACGGGCAGACAUGUGCAUUUGGGACCUGUAGCAUCAACUCCAACGGAUCGCCUUUCUGAAACUUAUGACUUCAUUUUUUGCAUAAUUUUUUUGCGUCUUUUUCCAAGGACUUGCAAGUGCAUGCAUGGGCUUUAUCGUUUGGUUUAGGGGCUACCAAAAAGGCUAUACCCUAACAGUUAGAUCAUCGGAACAGCCAGCCUACAUGGUCUGGUAAUUUGUUUAUGAAAGGUAUCCUGGCACACAGUCUGACAUUAUUGACUGGGCAGACAUUUCGUGUGAUGGGACUCUCCAAACUCUGAAGGAGUGCAUCUGAAUUGGGAAGAGAGGGUAGAGGACAAAGAACACUGGGAAACCAGAGGAAGAGAGGAGGAGGAGAAAAAUGGAGGCCAUAUCUUUAGAUCAGUCUGCGACGGUGGAUGAGCUGGUGGAAGCAUGCAUCCAAGCCUUUGAUGAGACGGGCACUUUGAAGGACCCCUCCCUAGUGCGUAUGUUUCUUAUGAUGCACCCUUGGUACCUUCCCUCCACCGACAUGGCAAAGAAACUACUGCUCAAAUCACAGGAGGACAGCAGCACUGCUGAGCUCAGGACAAGAAUCUGCCACUUGGUGAAGUACUGGAUCAGUGAGUUCCCAGCGGAGUUCAAUCUAAACCCAGAGCUGGCAGAGCAGAUCAAAGACCUCAAGGACCUCUUGACCACUGAGGGGAACGAGCGCCAGAGUCAGCUCAUCGACAUCGACAGCGUGCCAUCAUACAAGUGGAAGCGUCAGGUGACCCAGAGGCAGCCAUCCAUGUCUAAGAAGAGGAAGAUGUCUCUGCUGUUUGACCACCUGGACUCCAGCGAGCUUGCCACACACCUCACCUACCUGGAGUACAAGUCCUUCUGCAAGAUACUGUUCCAGGACUACCACAGCUUUGUGAUGCAUGGCUGCACGGUAGACAACCCCAUCCUGGAGCGCUUCAUCACCCUCUUCAACAGUGUGUCUCAGUGGAUCCAGCUGAUGGUGCUCAGCAAGCCCACCGCCCCCCAGAGGGCUGCAGUCAUCUCCCACUUCAUCAGGGUGGCUCAGAAACUGCUCCAGCUUCAGAACUUCAACACUCUGAUGGCCGUGGUGGGGGGGCUCAGUAACAGCUCUAUAUCUCGCCUCAAAGACACCCAAUCACACAUCAGCAACGAUACCAACAAGGUGUUCAACAGCCUGAUCGAACUGGUGACGUCGUGCGGCAACUACAGCCAGUACCGACGUCGUUUCUCCGACUGCACAGGCUUCCGUUUUCCUAUCCUGGGCGUGCACCUCAAGGACCUGAUCGCCGUGCACGUGGCGCUGUCCGACUGGGCCGACCCGGGCAAGAGCAGGGUCAACCUGGCCAAGAGCCAACAGCUGUAUGUUAUCCUCCAGGAGUUGGCUCUCAUCCAGACCACGCCACCCAGCAUCGAUGCCAACACAGACCUACUUAACCUACUUACGGUGUCUCUGGACCAGUACCACACAGAAGAGGAGAUCUACCAGCUGUCUCUACAGAAAGAGCCACGCAGUGCUAAACCGGCGAACUCCGGCUCCUCCCCUGCGCCUGCCCCCCAGCCAUCGAUGAUUGACGAGUGGGCUGCGUCGGUGAAGCCCAAAGCCGACCCUGCGGUCAUCAACAAACACAUAGAGAAGAUGGUGGAUUCUGUCUUCAAGAACUUUGACACUGACGGGGACGGUCACAUCUCCAGGGAGGAGUUUGAGAUCAUCAGGAACAACUUCCCCUACCUCAGCAAGUUUGGAGAACUGGACAAAAACCAAGAUGGGCAGAUCAGCCGGGAAGAGAUGAUCGACUACUUCAUGAAGGCCAGCUCUCUGCUCAACUGUAAGAUGGGCUUCAUCCACACCUUCACAGAGACCACCUACGUCAAACCCACCUUCUGUGAACACUGCGCUGGCUUUAUAUGGGGCUUCUACAAACAGGGAUACAAGUGUAAAGCGUGUGGAAUUAAUUGUCAUAAGGCGUGUCGAGGUCGUCUGGCUGUGGAGUGUCGUAAACGGACCAAGAGCAUCAGCCAUGAGCAUGCCCCCUCCCUUCAGGCUCGCUCCUACAGCUUCCCGCCCCUGGCCAACACCCCACCAAGCCUACAGAACACAGUGAUUGUAGAGGAAGAUCUCCAGGCAGUGGAGGAAGGUGUGUUUGAUGUCCAUCUAUAACCAGAUGAUAACCAAUAGGCAGGCCUGGCCUGAUAUGUCCCUUCAGAAGUCCUACGUACUCUGGCAUUCAUACAGCCAGACACUGCCAGGAGGAAACAACAGUGGUCGGGAGCCAGAAGCCUGCUGGGGUCUGCUCAGCAGGGUACAACGUUACAUAACGCAAUGUAUCAUCUAGUACAGAUUAUGAUUGUCUGUCGUGUAAAAGAGGGAAUCGUUUCAGCUCUAUCCAUUCCAUUUCUAUCUGCAACAUUCAGACUGCCAUUAGGUAGAACAGAUAUGAUUGUCUGUCGUGUUAAAGGGGGAAUCGUUUCAGCUCUAUCCAUUCCAUUUCUAUCUGCAACAUUCAGACUGCCAUUAGGUAGAACAGAUAUGAUUGUCUGUCGUGUAAAAGAAGGAAUCGUUUCAGCUCUAUCCAUUCCAUUUCUAUAUGCAACAUUCAGACUGCCAUUAGGUAGAACAGAUAUGAUUGUCUGUCGUGUAAAAGAGGGAAUCGUUUCAGCUCUAUCCAUUCCAUUUCUAUCUGCAACAUUCAGACUGCCAUUAGGUAGAACAGAUAUGAUUGUCGGUUGUGUAGAAGAGAGAACAUUGUCCAUUUUAUUCAAGGCAUGUCACUCACACACAGAGCGAGAGAGAGAUGCUGCCACAUAGUGGAAAAAUACUGCAAAUGCAUACCUUACAUUUACUCAAGAUUUCAACUCCCUCAAUAUAAGUGCAUUUGUACAAAAUGUCUUUCUGUGUUAAAUCUAUAUUUUAAAAUGUGGAUGUAAGCCCAUGUUUUCAUAUCUCUUACCUAGUUUACCUAACACUGAAUAUAGAAAAUAAAUCACAUUGUGUUUAGUGUGAUGCUAUUACCUUCGAGUCUAAGUGGUAUGUUUUAGCUAUGCAUUUAGCUAUAUGUUGUUAUUAUUAUGUCUAUAUUAAUAACCUAAACGAUGUCUCUCCAAAAUAUAAGAGGUGCUGUUAUUGCCAAGAUAGAAUCCAUAGGCUUUACAUGCCACCUGGACUUCCAACUGCUUUCUCUGGGGAGAAAAGCUUUGCUUUUGUCUGAGUAGCUUGUUUCUUUGUAAAUGUCAUGGGAGAAACUUUAAAACACACGGUGUGUUCGAUGUCAGAGAUGAAACGUUUCGGCUCCAGAACGACUGCUGCUUUCGUGGAUUGGGUAUCAAACCGCUAUCUAGCACAACAACAGCAACAAUGGACUGGAACGUACAUCCUGGAUUUCAAUGCUGUUGUGUUUUUGUCCUUCUGUUUACCUGAAUAUCAAUGCUUUUCCUAUGGUCAUUUGACUGUGGUGUGUAUGCACGGUAUACUGUUGUAAUACUGUUAUGUUUCAGUGCACCGACACAGGACCUUUCCUCUCAGUAACUUUCAGUGUAGUUUGAAACGGUGAAUGUUAUAUAUUGUCCUGAGAAUUGACAUCUAUUUUAACGUCUAUUUUAAUACGAGACAUGUAAGUCCAUUGUCUUAUCAAGCAUGCUUCAAGGGGAUCCACAUUUGCCAAAAUGUCUGUUAAGUGUAUUUUUAAUGUCGCACGUAUAUAUAUAUUUUUUAAUGGCAACAUGAAAUCCUGCAGGCGAGAGACUCUCCUCAACGUAUUAGUUUUGGGGUCUGUAUCCUCUGAGGGAAAGUCCCACAAUGUUAGCUGUUUGUGUAUCUUUGAAUUAAGUACUUCCUCUGGCUUUCAUUAAUACAGUACAGUAUAUCCUGCUUCUUUACUUACGUCCAAAACUAAACUGCCAGCCCUACCAUGGCAGUUUCCCCUCUGGACAAAGUUAUCAUUUGUUACAGUAAGGGAACUAAUGCUUUCAUCUGAUGUCAUGUUGGUAACUCUGUGGACGUGUCUCUGCUGUUUCUCAGUGUUAAAUGCAGAAUGCAUCACUGCUAUUUGUUUUAAGAAGGAUGCACAACGUGAUAGGACUAAUAGCACAGCAACCCAGUGACGCGCCGUGUGUGUUUGUGACUCUUGCCGAAUCCAUUCCCGCCACACAUUCCUUGUCUAAAGUUUAUAUCCGACCCACUUUCCCUGCCAUCGUGUAGUUGCUUGACGUCCUGUAUUGGAAUUCUUAACCAGUCGGCCAUGCGCUCUGUUAUUACCAAAGAAACGAAGGGCUCUAUUCAAUCUGUAUUACAGAAGUUACAGCGCGAUUGAAAUUUAAAGGCAAUGUUCCCGCGUUAGCCAAGACCGCAUUCACCGUAAACGUAGUAUGUGCCGACUCAAUCGGAAAUUAAGUUUACAUUUCUAUCCGGCAAUCUGUAAAGCUCCAGCUUCUCCCUCAUGUGGGUGCUAGAGCAAGCAGGCAAGGUAGUGCUAGAUACCAACAUCCAAUCAAGUAGGGUAUGGAAGCUAUAGUGAGCUUUGCUUGGACAAUAGCGUUGCGAUAAGCCAGAGUAUUUGCAUAAAGUUCAGCUUUCCCCAACUUUAGUCCUGCCUUGUUCACGCUCCCUCGCCCAUGUUCACAGCCCCCCCCCCCCCAAAAUGAACGGGGCUCCGUUGUUUCAUCGCCCCCCAAUUUGUUAUGUGGAAAUGCACUAUUUGAUUCCACAGCUUCCAUCUCGCACAUUGAUUCAUGCAGCUAUUUCAUCUGACGUUAUUAUAUUGAAUAUUUCUGAGUUCUCUCAUGUGGGAUGAAUGGAGAGUUCAGUCUCUUAGUGUCUGUUGCUUUAUUGACUGAGCGGGGAUGUUUCACUUAAUUUCUUAGCUGUGGUGUAAUUACAUUAGCAGAGUUGUCAAGGACUGUCUGAACUGAUGGUCAGACUGUCCUUAGAACGCACACACACCGAGGCCUGUGUUAACACCUGCACUCAACACUAAUCAAAUUAAUUAGGUAUAUAGUGAACUGAUUACAUCACAGUGCUCUUGUUGUGAUUUUGUCAGACUUUUCACCUUGGUUUCCUGUCUGAAGAGAAACCAAUAACAUUACGGUGAUAGCAGUUUGAUUUGUAAUCACUCAAAGCUUAGAUGCUCAAUAGUUGUGUCUUAAACAUACACAAGCAUAUUGGUGGUCAUAUCUCACAUAUUUGCCUUUAUUCUCAAAAUCCCUAUAAAAAAAAUCGCAAUUUUAUCCAAACACUCAACCGACCCUCAUAUACCUACUUCUAACAUUCCUGUGUGUGGCCAUGGUAACAGUAUGAUAGGAGUGUAGUCUGGCCCAUGAUUGAUACUUUCCACUCAGCUACAUGAAGGCCCGGCCUGCUCCGUCGUUUAGCUGUGGCCCUGACUGGUAUUGAUCUCAGUGACGGAAAUCGAAUAGUGCCGGAGCUAAUUACAUUGUAAUGAAGGCUGCAGGAAAUAGCCUCACGUUGUUAGCCAAUCUCCAUCAUCGACCUUGAUGUGAAGGAAUUCUGUUUGGAUCAAAAAUGGAUUCUCAGAUCCUUGAGAAGACUGGCGCAGUAGAGCAAGCCCUGUUGCUCUUCAGUCUACAAUGUUUCAAACCUACGGUGUCCAUAUUAGGACAGUCUCAGCAGUUGAGUUGAGGAUGUCCUAAUGUGGACACCGUACAGGCCCUAUUUUGAUAUUCUGGUGUGGAGUGCACUUUAGGGCUGCGAUCAAUUUAGCUUGCCCGGUACAAUGGAAGGAAUGGAAUAGUAAGGCACAUCUCAAAUACUAUUUAAAUACUGUAUGUAUUUCACCCAGCUCUGACACAUAUUCCAUCAGAAUAAUCGAUGCUUAUUAAAGAAAAGUACACGGAGUGUACCGACAUUAGGGAAACACUUUGCUAAUAUUGAGUUGCAUCCCCCCCUUUGCCCUCAGAACAGCCUCAAUUUGUCAGGGCAUGGACUCUACAAGGUGUCGAAAGCGUUCCACAAGGAUGCUGGCCCAUGUUGACUCCAAUGCUGUCUGGAUGUUCUUUGGGUGGUGGACCAUUCUUGAUACACACGGGACACUUGAGCUUGAACAACCCAGCAGCGUUGCACUUCUUGACACACUCAAACGGGUGCUGCCUGGCACCUACUACCAUACCCUGUUCAAAGGCACUUAAAUCUUUUGCCUUACCCAUUCACACAUAAACAAUCCAUGUCUCGAAACGUAAAAAUCCUUCUUUAACCCGUCUCCUCCCCUUCAUCUACAUGUCUCCUCCCCUUCAUCUACACUGAUUGAAGUGGUUUGAAGUGACACCAAUAAGGGAUCUUAGACUGACCAGGCGAAUCAAGGUGAAAACUAAGUAAUGGAAAAAUGUUCCUCAUGUUUUGUACGCUGUGCAUAUUGAUUUGUAGUCUGUUUAGUUGACAUGGACGUGGAUAAUCUUGAGUGACUGACAGGGAUUUGAUUCUAUGUAGACUGUGUACAUGUGUAAAUUAUAUUGACAUUGUUAGAGUGGUAGGUUUCUCAUGUUCACCUUGUUAAAACACAUUGACUUAAUGUCUACUCAAACAGCUUGAGGAAUUAGAAAACAUACUCAUACAUGUACAUUUAGUCACAACACGGGCCCCCUAGUGGCACAGACACGUAUAUGCACCCCCAGCAGUGUUACUAGUACCAGGAUAGACCACUUGAUGGUGCUGUUGAGCUGUUAAAAGGGAUGGGCACUCACUCAGGGGCACAGUCAUUGGGUAGAAAGAGCAUUGCACGUAGAGGAAAUGCAUAAUACAUGUUCUGUCACGAGGAAAGGGUAGCAUUCCUAUAAACACAAGUUAAUAAACGUUUUGGAUUAAUGGAA